AUGUCCUCCUGCCCCAAGAUCUCUGCCAUGGAGCCGCACUUUCUCCUGGACCACGACGCGCUGAGGCAGGCGUGGGAUUCCGCAGACCGGGCUCCAGAGCGCCAUCCUCCGUGGUCUCGGAUCUCCCCAGACCAGCUACCUCCUGUCCUCCUGCCGCUGGCACAGUCCUCAAGCCACCCCGGCGAUGACCACCAGCCACUGCUCUCCAGUCCUUGUUGGCAGCUGCCCUCGGUCCUCCUGCGAUACCGAGCACUCUUAGCUGAGGCCCAGAGCCCCUCGGAAGAGAGCCCGGUGCAGCCCGGUGCAGGCCUCUUGCCAGGAUUCGUGCCGAUGCCAGGAGUACCCGCAGGAGCGCCUGAGCCCACAGAGCACACGUUCCGGCAGCUUCCCGUGGCCCUGCUGCCCAUCGCCCAUGCUGGAGAGGGACCAGUGGACACAGAGGCCUGGGACCACUUGCAGCCUUCAGUGUGCAGCCCAACUCCAGGCCCCAGCGGGUGGCGCCUGCACCUGCUCUGCUCGGGCUGCCUGCAGUGCAUCCUUCGUGCUCUCUCCUCUUUGAGCCGCUGGGCCGCUCACUGCUGGGCGACAGUCCUGGACACUUAG